UUAGGGGAAAGAAAAACAACCUCACAGCCUAGAAAACGAAAACACUGCGGCAAGAAGGGAAAAACACUCCACCCCCGUGGAAGCAAGCUCAGGAAACAGAACCACAGGCUCUGGUUCUGGAGGACAGUGCCAGCCAGGGGCCGAUGUGUAUAUAUAAGAGGCACACACCUGUAAACGGAUGAAUUCUACCUUUCUGGCUUCAGGAUUUCAGGUGUCAGGGACCAGGAGGAAACCCCCAAGGGCCAACCUGUCCUUGCGUUUGGGCAGGUCUUCCCAGGACCAGAAGUAGCUGUGAACAGCAGAAAGGAUGGGGUGGCUUUUCUCUCCAACCUCAAUGCGGAUGGUAGUGGUGGUGACCUGCUGGGCCAUCGUAGCUGCAGCCGCUGACUCCUCGGAAGCACGAAAUUGCUCUGAAUGUCACAGCAACGCCACCUGCAAGUUGGACGGGGUUGCCACGACGUGCUCCUGCCUAGAGGGCUUCACUGGCGACGGCCUGGUGUGCGUGGACCUGGACGAGUGCGACCUUCCUGGGGCCCACAACUGCUCCGCCGACAGCAGCUGUGUGAACACGCCGGGCUCCUACGCGUGCGUCUGCCCUGACGGCUUCCGCCUGAGCCCAGAGCUCGGCUGCACCGACGUGGACGAGUGCGCGGAGCCGGGGCUCAGCCACUGCCAUGCCCUGGCCACCUGCGUCAACGGCGAGGGCAACUACUCGUGCGUGUGCCCCGCGGGCUACUGGGGGGACGGGCGGCACUGUGAGUGCUCCCCGGGCUCCUGCGGGCCGGGGCUGGACUGCCUGCCCGAGGGCGACGCGCUCGUGUGCGCCGAUCCGUGCCAGGCGCACCACAUCCUAGACCAGUACUGGCGCAGCACGCAGUACGGGACUGGCUUCACCUGCGACUCGAACCUGGGCGGCUGGUACCGCUUCGUGGGGCAGGGCGGCGUGCGCCUGCCCGAGACCUGCGUGCCCAUCCUGCGCUGCAACACGGCCGCGCCCAUGUGGCUCAACGGCACGCACCCGUCCAGCGACGAGGGCAUCGUGAGCCGCACGGCCUGUGCGCACUGGAGCGGCGACUGCUGCCUGUGGGACGCGCCCGUCCAGGUGAAGGCCUGUGACGGCGGCUACUUCGUCUACAACCUCACGGCGCCCCCCGAGUGCCAUCUGGCGUAUUGCACAGACCCCAGCUCCGUGGAGGGAACGUGUGAGGAGUGCAGUAUUGAUGAGGAGUGCAGAUCAGAUAAUGGUAGAUGGCACUGCCACUGCAAACAGGACUUUAACAUCACUGAUCUCUCCCUCCUGGAGCGCAGGCUGGAAUGUGGGGUCAAUGGCAUCAAGGUAUCCCUGAGCAAGUGCCAGCUCAAGACCCUGGGCUUUGAGAAGAUCAUCAUGUACCUGCGAGACAGCCAGUGCUCAGGCUUCUCUGAGAGCGGUGACCGGGACUGGGUGUCUGUGGUGACCCCGACCAGGGAAGGCCCCUGUGGGACAGUGAUGACGAGGAAUGAAACCCAUGCCACAUACAGCAACACCCUCUACCUGGCAGAUGAGAUCAUCAUCCGUGACGUCAACAUCAAAAUCAACUUUGCCUGCUCCUAUCCCCUGGACAUGAAAGUCAGCCUGAAGACUUCCCUGCAGCCAGUGGUCAGCGCUCUGAACCUCAGCGUGGGUGGGACCGGCAUGUUCACCGUGCGGAUGGCGCUCUUCCAGACCCCUGCCUACACACAGCCCUACCAAGGCUCCUCCGUGACCCUGUCCACUGAGGCCUUUCUCUACGUGGGCACCAUGCUGGAUGGGGGCGACUUGUCCCGGUUUGCACUGCUGAUGACCAACUGCUACGCCACGCCCAGCAGCAAUGCCACAGACCCCUUGAAGUACUUCAUCAUCCAGGACAGAUGUCCCCGCACUGAGGACUCAACCGUCCAAGUGGUGGAGAACGGGGAAUCCCCUCAAGGCCGGUUUUCCGUCCAGAUGUUCCAAUUUGCAGGAAACUACGACCUGGUCUACCUGCACUGUGAGGUGUAUCUCUGUGACACCAUGAAGGAAAAGUGCAAACCUACCUGCUCCGGGACCAGAUUCCGCAGUGGGGGCACCAUUGACCAAAGCCAUGUCCUGAACUUGGGUCCCAUCACACGGAAAGGGAGCCAGGCCACAGUCUCCAGGGCUGCUCCCAGCAGCUCAGGGCCCCUGAAGGUCUGGCUGCCUCUGCUUCUGUUGGCCACCUUGACCCUGAUGUCUCAAUGAUCAGCGGCCGGAAGCCCUGUGCCCUGUGGCUACCAACUCUAUUCCUGCUGACUGGCGAGGUGAUGCAGGCUAGCACUCCAGCCACAGAAAAGGGAACUCAUGCUUCAGUCUCUCUGCUCCUAUCUUCUCCCCUUUAAUCCUUGCUAUCAGAAAACAGCCUGUGUCUUUAAAUGCUGCCUUCUCUCAAAAUGGGACUUGUGAUGUUUCUGCACUUGAGGCCCCUAUCUCCUUAAAGAGUGUGGCAAAAUAAUAGUUUUCAAAAGCUCA